AUGGCUUCCUGGACUUACUUCAACGGCACUCCUAAGCCCCCUACCCCGGAUUCCUCCAUUCACAGCCUCAAAGACGUUUCCACUAUCCUCGAUUAUCUCCACCACCCCCUCAUCCUGGUUGGAGAUGCAGCCAGCUGCAGAAUGAACGACACUUGGCACAACACCGACAUAGUCGACCUACUAUUGACAAGUCCCGUACAUGAACAACUUGGAACCAUGUUAGUCAAACUCGGAGGAUGGAAACAACCAUUACCAGAUGACAAUGAAGUCUCUAAACACCUUCUCAGGACUUGUUCCCUCGAGGUCCUCCAACGGGACGCCGACGUCCUUCUCCAAAGAGUCGACCGACACCCAGGACAAUGUAUCUUCCUCCGUCUCUGGUCCAAAGAGAGCUAUCACCUACCCAUAAACAUGAAAAAUAUGGUCGAAAUUCAACACUUGCAAAUAUGGCCAGAGGCGGAUAUCCCCCAAUCGCAAAGAAGAAGCAGAAAGUCCAAACAAAAAGAUUUCGGGGGCAAAGUCUUCAUCCCCAACUUUGAAACGUUCAUGGAUACCAUGGUCUACCAAAGCCUGCACUACUACGACAUCAAAGACUUCCUCUGCUCGGACGCCAUGAGCCGGAUCCGGAGGCUAGUUGACGGAAACUUUUUGGAGCAGACGCCCUACUGUGAGCAGAUCCUUGCUCUAAUAAGCCAGGAGUCGGCCGGUUGGCUGGGGGGUUAUCUGGAUAAUUUCGAACGAAAGGAAGCGCCUGAUAUGAAGGCGUGUUUGGAGAAACUGAGAGAGCAACAUACACGAGAACGGUGCUCUUCGAUGUUGGAGGCUUCGUCUGCUGUCAGCUCGGAAACGGUGGAUGUCGAAAUGCGAAAUGCUGGGGAGAAAAAAAGCUUGACGCUGGAAGCCAAGGACAUUACAUAUUAUAGCAACGGUGGUGGAGGGGCAGUCCCCUAUCUGGGAACUCCCGGACUAUGGAACCAAGAGUUCUAUCAACUCGAAAAUAACAUGCAAGCAAUUCCACUGUCAGCCAGGUUGCCCUCCAUGGAUUCGCCAGAGAACCCCAUUAGGGCCAGUCAGAUCUACAUUCACCCCGACCCCCGCAAAACCAUACUCCCACAGCUUCGCUCUCGCGUGGCCGCCCUGCCCCUCGUCCGACGGAUUCAAUUCCAUCUCCAGACUCCAAAUGCGAAAGUCCUCGCCACAUUCCCGCCUUCAUCAUCGAAAUUGCCUGAAGACUAUGCAAUUGCAUACAUCGACCGAAGCCGCGCACCAGAGACAGAAUGCUGGGUCUUCUCAUCAGUUGAAUCAAGUCCGCAAUUGCAACCCCCGCCAGAGACUCAAACCAUCUCCCCGAAUUUCAAUCGUGCUCGUGCCCAGUUACUGUCCCUCCUAGAAUAUAUCCGGACCCUCCCCCUCCCAGCCUCCUACCCCAGCAGUCAGGACAAUACCAUCCUCCUGGUCGGCGCCGUAAACCGGACCAGCCUCGCUCUUCUGAAGCAGGAAAGCGGGAAUCAAAUCAACGCACAAGAUGGAAAAAAGGUCAUCUCCGGGACGAACAGUCUCCAAACCAGACGGGAGACCUACGCUACUGAAAUGAGCGAGACGGCCCUCGACGAGGCUAAGCGGGAAGGGAGUCACGUCCACGGCUCGGCGGCUAAGGGAAACCCCGAUGAGGGAGGCGUUGUCAGGGGGCAUACCGUGCCGUAUUGCAAAUUCGUCUUCUCGCCCUCCGCACACAAUGCUAGGGGCGGGUCAUCUGUCAUUGAGGGGAGCGAAGGACUCCCGGCGGGGAUGGAGUGGACUAGGGUCCGGCAGGAUGAAUUCAAACUCGUCAUCUCGCGGACGGAAAUUCCGCGCAAGGAGAGAACGCUGCGAUUACUUCCGGGAGUGGGGAUACGGACAUCUGCUUCAUCGGAUGCGGGUGAGGCAGGCAGGUUGAUUGCUUGGGCUUUUCUGGGCGUGGAUUGUUCGUUAACCUCACUUCAUGUCGAGUCUGAGUUUCGGGGGACGGGGCUGGCUAAACUGCUGACGAAGCAGGUCUUCUCGCUUUUGACCCCGUCGCUUGCUGAAGACGGGGGCGAUGGCUGUGAUUCUGAGGUCCUUGAUGAUCCGCGAGGAGGGUUUCUGGGGAUAGAGGAGGGCGAGACGCAUACUCAUAGUGACGUGGCAACGGAUAAUUCGGCAAGUACUGGAGUUGCUAAGGCGAUGGGGGGCGUCUACUCGUGGGAUUGUUUCUGGGCACUUGUUGAUCUCGAUGCUGUGCAUGAAGCUUUCAGGAAGCUGGCUCGGGAAGCUUGA